CGCCAGUGCCUCCCCUCCCGCGGCGCGCACGGCCCGUCCCUGUCCCCGGAGGCGGCCCGAGCCGCCGCGGAGCAGCCUCGCCUUCGCCUCCCGCGUUUCCUACCGCCCGCCCUCCCCCGGCCGGGCUCCAGAGGCUGCCGCCGAGCGGCUCCCGGCGGGAGAGCGGCUCAGAGCGUGCACGGGGGCGGGCGGAGGCGGCCCGGUUCGGGGCAGCCGCGCUGGAGAGAGGCGCGCGCGAAGACGCCGGCCCCCCUCUCCGCGUUCGCUCGCUCGUUCCCCGCCUCCCGCACUCCGCUCGUUCCCACCCCUUCCCGGCGUGAUUGAUCCGUCACGGGCGCCGCCGCUGCCGCCGCCGCCGCGGCCGUUCUGAGCCGAGCCGGAGCCCGAGCCGGAGCCGGAGCCGGGGCCGGCGCCAUUGCGCGGGCGCCGCGGGGAGAGCUUGGCGCGGGGCGGCGGGCCGGGCCAGGCCAUGCGGGCCGAGUGAGCCGGCGCCCGCAGCCCGCGGCGCGGCAUGGCUUCCCCGCCGAGCUCCGGGCAGCCCGGGCCGCCGCCGCCGCCGCCACCGCCGCCCGCGCGCCUGCUGCUGCUCCUGCUGCUGCCGCUGCUGCUGCCGCUGGCGCCCGGGGCCUGGGGCUGGGCGCGGGGUGUCCCCCGGCCGCCGCCCAGCAGCCCUCCGCUCUCCAUCAUGGGCCUCAUGCCGCUCACCAAGGAGGUGGCCAAGGGCAGCAUCGGGCGCGGCGUGCUCCCUGCCGUGGAACUGGCUAUCGAGCAGAUCCGCAACGAGUCGCUCCUGCGCCCCUACUUCCUCGACCUGCGGCUCUACGACACCGAGUGUGAUAAUGCAAAAGGGUUGAAAGCCUUCUACGAUGCAAUAAAAUAUGGGCCGAACCACUUGAUGGUGUUUGGAGGAGUCUGUCCAUCUGUUACGUCCAUCAUCGCAGAGUCCCUCCAAGGCUGGAAUCUGGUACAGCUCUCUUUUGCUGCCACCACGCCUGUUCUAGCAGAUAAGAAAAAAUACCCCUACUUCUUUCGGACGGUCCCAUCAGAUAACGCAGUGAAUCCAGCCAUCCUGAAGUUGCUGAAGCACUACCAGUGGAAGCGAGUGGGCACACUGACCCAGGACGUGCAGCGCUUCUCCGAGGUGAGGAACGACCUGACCGGGGUUCUGUAUGGUGAGGACAUCGAGAUUUCAGACACUGAGAGCUUCUCCAAUGAUCCCUGCACCAGUGUCAAAAAGCUUAAGGGCAACGACGUGCGGAUCAUCCUUGGCCAGUUUGACCAGAAUAUGGCAGCAAAAGUGUUCUGUUGUGCAUAUGAGGAGAAUAUGUACGGUAGCAAAUACCAAUGGAUCAUCCCGGGCUGGUAUGAGCCUUCCUGGUGGGAGCAGGUGCACACAGAAGCCAACUCAUCCCGUUGUCUCCGGAAGAAUCUGCUUGCUGCCAUGGAGGGCUACAUCGGCGUGGACUUCGAGCCUCUGAGCUCCAAGCAGAUCAAGACCAUCUCAGGAAAGACGCCGCAGCAGUAUGAGAGAGAGUACAACAACAAGCGGUCAGGCGUGGGGCCCAGCAAGUUCCAUGGGUACGCCUACGAUGGCAUCUGGGUCAUCGCCAAGACGCUGCAGAGGGCCAUGGAGACGCUGCACGCCAGCAGCCGGCACCAGCGGAUCCAGGACUUCAACUACACGGACCACACACUGGGCAGGAUCAUCCUCAACGCCAUGAACGAGACCAACUUCUUCGGGGUCACGGGUCAAGUUGUGUUCCGGAACGGGGAGAGAAUGGGGACCAUUAAAUUUACUCAAUUUCAAGACAGCAGGGAGGUGAAGGUGGGAGAAUACAAUGCUGUGGCUGACACACUGGAGAUCAUCAACGACACCAUUAAGUUCCAAGGAUCCGAACCACCAAAAGACAAGACCAUCGUCCUGGAACAGCUUCGUAAGAUCUCCCUACCUCUCUACAGCAUCCUCUCCGCCCUUACCAUCCUGGGAAUGAUCAUGGCCAGUGCUUUUCUCUUCUUCAACAUCAAGAAUCGGAAUCAGAAGCUGAUAAAGAUGUCAAGUCCGUAUAUGAACAACCUUAUCAUCCUCGGAGGAAUGCUUUCCUAUGCAUCCAUCUUUCUCUUUGGCCUGGAUGGGUCCUUUGUCUCUGAAAAGACCUUCGAAACCCUUUGCACCGUCAGGACCUGGAUUCUCACCGUGGGCUACACGACCGCCUUUGGGGCAAUGUUCGCAAAGACAUGGAGGGUCCACGCCAUCUUCAAAAAUGUGAAAAUGAAGAAGAAGAUCAUCAAGGACCAGAAACUGCUCGUGAUCGUUGGGGGCAUGCUGCUGAUUGACCUGUGCAUCCUGAUUUGCUGGCAGGCUGUGGACCCCCUGAGAAGGACGGUGGAGAGGUACAGCAUGGAGCCGGACCCGGCAGGACGGGACAUCUCCAUCCGCCCUCUCCUAGAGCACUGCGAGAACACCCACAUGACCAUCUGGCUUGGCAUCGUCUAUGCCUAUAAGGGGCUUCUCAUGUUGUUCGGUUGUUUCUUAGCGUGGGAGACCCGAAACGUCAGCAUCCCCGCACUCAAUGACAGCAAGUACAUUGGGAUGAGCGUCUACAACGUGGGGAUCAUGUGCAUCAUCGGGGCUGCCGUCUCCUUCCUGACCCGGGACCAGCCUAACGUGCAGUUCUGCAUUGUGGCCCUGGUCAUCAUCUUCUGCAGCACCAUCACCCUCUGCCUGGUGUUUGUGCCAAAGCUCAUCACUCUGAGAACAAACCCAGACGCAGCAACUCAGAACAGACGAUUCCAGUUCACUCAGAAUCAGAAGAAAGAAGAUUCUAAAACCUCCACCUCAGUCACCAGCGUGAACCAAGCAAGCACGUCCCGCCUAGAGGGCCUGCAGUCAGAAAACCAUCGCCUGCGAAUGAAGAUCACAGAGCUGGACAAAGACUUGGAAGAGGUCACCAUGCAGCUGCAGGACACGCCAGAAAAGACCACCUACAUUAAACAGAACCACUACCAAGAACUCAACGACAUCCUCAACCUGGGGAACUUCACUGAGAGCACAGAUGGGGGAAAGGCCAUUUUAAAAAACCACCUCGAUCAAAAUCCCCAGCUACAGUGGAACACGACAGAGCCCUCUCGAACAUGCAAAGAUCCUAUAGAAGAUAUAAACUCCCCAGAACACAUCCAGCGCCGGCUAUCCCUCCAGCUCCCCAUCCUCCACCACGCCUACCUCCCGUCCAUUGGAGGCGUGGACGCCAGCUGCGUCAGCCCCUGCGUCAGCCCCACCGCCAGCCCCCGCCACAGACACGUGCCACCCUCCUUCCGAGUUAUGGUCUCGGGCCUGUGAGGGCGGGAGGCCUGGGGCCGGGGCCUCCCCCGCGACGGAACCACACGGAGCAGAGGCAUCUGCUACAGGAACCCUGUCAGCUCUGGCCGCGGAGAAGCUGGCGCCACGGCUGGCCUUGCGGGACUGCUCGAUGGCACGGAGUGCACAAGAUGGGGGGCACUUGGCACCUGACCUCGCGCCUUAUUUGUGAAGUUUUCAUUCUUUCACAAAGAAGAGGAAUGAAAAUGACUUCUUCCUUAAUGUCUGCAAAGGAGGAGGAGCUAGGAUAUUUGAAACUUGGCAAAAAAAAAAUCCUAGACAAGGAGAAAGUCACUAGAACUCCAGCUAGACGUCACUGAGUGGCCCUGAGCAGCCUUGAAAAGAGGCGAGGGGCUUCUGGAGAAACCGCCUCUGCCUCUGCACACAUGCCACCGGCUGUGGCCCCCCAAGCCAGCCCUUCUCCCCUCUGGGGAAGGAGGUGGGCAGGGCAGCCAGGCUCCCAGCUGCCAGUCCAGCCAACCCCAGCCUUCCUGGAACAGGGAGUCUACAGGGGGGGCAGCCAGGCACAGCUCUGCGGGCCGAGGGCUGGGGUACCGGAGCAGGCUGACUCGCAUGCCUCCUGGUGGGACUUACUCUCUGAUAAAUGCCACACAUUAAUACAAUAACACCCGUUCCGGGACCGUGGGGAUUUAGGGCACGUCACUGCAGACACGCUCUGCAGCAUUCACCCACAGUCGGCCAUGCACCCACCACGUCAGCCAUGUCCUUGUGUUCGUAUCAGGUGUUCCCCAUAAUAAGGGAGACACCCGAGCUAAUCAUAGAAUGUCUGUUCCCAGCAAACACGAUAAAGAAAGAUUGUGCACUUUAACCUCUCUGAUCAGGGCCCAAGGGCUGGCUGGGGUUUUGUUUUGUUUUUUUCCACUGACUUUGUUUCUGACCAAAGUGAAUCGGGGGCAUCUGCCAGAAGACAUCCCUGUAGUCGCGGGGAGAGAGUUGCUAGCUGCGGGCUUCCCUUAACUUCCAGAAGGCAGCCUUCAUUGGGACAAGCCGGCAAGCUCUGCCCUUGGGGGGUCCCAGGGGUGAUCAAUCAGCACACUGAUUCUCAUUCAUAAGAUCACUCUUCCCUUUUAAACGAACCCCAAAGAGCACUGGCCUGGGAGUCACAAAGACCUGGGUUCAAGCCCUUGCUCCACUGCUAAGUCCCUCCAUGACCUUGGGCAAGUCACUUGUGUCUCUCUGAGCCUCAGUUUCCCCUCUCUAACAAAUUGGGGUUGAAAUAACACCUGUCCUGCCCUACCUCACAGGGUUACUCUGAAGAUCAAAACUUGAUCUCAUCCAGGAAAGCUUCAUACCAAACAGUGAAGUGGCCCUGACCCAUGAGGUAUCAGGAUGACCAUGACCUUCAGCCCUCAGGACAGAUGGGGCUGUGGCCCAGAGAAGCUCCCAGCACAGCCCUAUACCAGUAUCCACCUGGCUGGAGAGAGGUGGAUCCCGAUGAUUUCUGUGACAUUCCUGGGACAGGUUCAUUUGCUAAAGAAAGGCCUGAACGACAAUGUCCCGGACGUCUGCACAACUGAGCAGUCGCUCAACUCCCUAAAGAAACCUAAUGGCAGCUUCAACAGGCAGGCAAUAAUCUCUUCCCAGACCGCUGAAGUCAGGAAUACAGUGUUGUCACCACCAGGGUUUGACAAAAGGGCCCAUGGGCACCUUACCGUCACCAACAUUUCAGAACACCCUAUUUCACGUAGCAUAGAGUUCCCCUCCCCUCCCCCAAAGAGAGGUUACGGAGGUACUGUAGCUUUUAGGGGAAAAAAAAUGUUAACACAUCACAGGUCAAGUUGAAGUCACUGUCUGUUUAGGCACUAAAAAUCGGUGUUGUUACUCACUGUGUAUUACAGUAUUUACUUUCUUUCUUGAUUUCACCAAACCAGAUUUAAAGGACCACAUUAAUUUUUCAAAGGGAAAGAAACAAUUCAUUGUACAUAAUGUAUACACGCACACAGAAACAAUACCUGUAGAAAUAUUAAUCCAGCAUAGCAGGAAAGAAAAAAAGAAAAAGCACUGGACAGUCGGAGGUGAGUGUGUGCAUCUGUGACCCACUGUGACUCCUGAGCGUGCACAGUCUUCUAGGUUAACCCACACAGUACAUUCUCUGUCUUAAUGAUACUGUAGGUUCACCUGUUUUUUUUAAAAUUUCCCCACAAAUAACAAGACCCACAGAAGUGACUCUAUUUAACGGUUCUGUCCUUUUAUAUGCAGCAAACACCAUACACUUCCGAAGAGGCUUCAGCCUGAAGGUGUUUUCCAAUGUUAGUGCACAAACGCUUUAAAUUAGACUGGAACUGCCAGAAUCAAAUGUAAAUGAGGAAUUUCUCGUACCCCUAUUGCAUGGUAUCAAUUUUUAAUAAAUUGUUGCAAAUUUGUUUUUAUGAA